CAGACUCCGAGGUAAUGAAUGGGAUGAGAGCCAUGGAUGAGAGCUGAUGCAAGGAUACUGAUCGGUGAAGAACGGAAUCAGUCGUUCGAUGGAGCGAAGAGGCAACGAUUUGACGGAUGCUUGCUUUCUGUACAGUAUCAAAGAUUUGACCAUUUGUAAUUUAACUCGGACUGUGCUCCUCUUUUCAUGAAGCUUAGAUUAGUCCUGUAAGAGACUGUGCUACUGAUGGAGCCUUAAGUGAGAAUGCACCAAGUAUUUCCGUGUUAACAGACUUGAAAUGAAACCAUCACGACAGAAAUUUUGAUUAUUUUUAACCAGAAAUCAUGCGUUUGGUAUUGCUUUAAUUUGUUUGGUUAUUUUAGUAGGGUACAUGCACUGAAGACUACCCUCUGAUAUGUGGAAUGUCUAGCUAGCCAGGGGAGGGGGAUUUUGAUGGCACUUACGACGCCAGGGAACUGCAAGAAGCAACGAAUACAUUUUGGAUUUAUAAGCAGUAGACAUUUAGUAUCAAGUAUGAAGUUGGAAUGAAUGUUCAGUUGUAGUUUUUUUUAACCAAAGGAAAACUAUGUUUGAGCAGCUGGCAAGCUCCAGCGAGGUAUCGUCGUAAAGAGUAGGCUACGUUAAAUACCAGAAGGCAACGGAGGAUGAGCACCAAACUGCUAUUGCUAGUUACCCCUUACCGAAUGGAUAUUUAAGUUGAUUUUGAAAUUAGGAUGGGACAGUGUGUAGUCAAUAUAAAUACCUGGAUACUUCCUGCAUAGCUACUUUUUGCCUUUCAGUUGAAAAAUAGCAAGUUCGCGGCACGCGCCUCAUUGACGCUUCAUGACAGAGCCUGUCAAUCAUGUAUCUUCGUCUCGAGCUAGCAGCUUAGUAGAUAUUCUCUUUCUUAUUCCCAUUGUCAAUGGACAUAAUUGAGCAAUGCAUUUCAUGAUGCUCGCUAGCUAGCUAGCUAACGUCAAUGCUGAUGUUUUCUAUCAUCAUGCAUGCACUGACACGCUUGUUUGGAUGAGCCAGAACCAACACCCCCAUCAUAUUCAAAAACAGAUCAGUAAGCCAUGUCGGACUGAGGUGAACCGUGCACCAUACUAUUUGGAGUCCACUGUUUGUCAAGCCACAAACAUAGAAGCUGCGAACAGCAUCUCAGGAGAGGAAAAUACUUGGUAACAACACAGAUUGUUCACGUCUUUCUCGGAUUCCUCUACGACCACGGACGAAAUAACUCCGACCUCCGCACCAAGCAAAAUGGGGGAGCAGCCAAUCUUCAGCACGCGGGCCCAUGUCUUCCAGAUCGACCCCACUACCAAGAAGAACUGGGUUCCGACCAGUAAACAUGCCGUCACGGUCUCCUACUUCUUUGACAGUACCCGGAACGUCUACCGCAUCAUAAGCCUAGAUGGGUCCAAGGCCAUCAUCAACAGCACGAUCACUCCCAACAUGACGUUCACCAAGACAUCCCAGAAGUUUGGCCAGUGGGCCGACAGCCGUGCCAACACCGUGUACGGGCUGGGCUUCUCCUCUGAGGGCCACCUGGUCAAGGUCAGGACACGGGCCCUCCACACACCUGGUCUCUCUCUCUCUGUCUCUCUCUCUCUGUCUCUCUCUGUGUCUCCCAAUCAGGAGUCGGCGAGCGGCGACCUCCUGUCCCCCCUGACCCCGGAGAGCAUCAACGGCACAGACGACGAGAGGGUCACGCCAGACACGCCGCAACACCCGGAACCCCGAGCGGAAACCCCCCAGUCACUGCCCUUCUCACACAGCUCGUCCAGCAUCAACAAGCACUGGGAGGCGGAGCUGGCGGCGCUGAAGGGGAACAACGCCAAACUGACGGCGGCGCUGCUCGAGUCCACGGCCAACGUGAAGCAGUGGAAGCAGCAGCUGGGGGCCUAUCAGGAGGAGGCGGAGAGACUGCACAAGCGGGUCACAGAGCUAGAGUGUGUGAGCGGUCAGACUACAGUGAUUAAAUCUCAGAAGACCGAACUCAACCAGACGAUAGAGGAGUUGGAGUCUGAGUUAAAGGCCAAGGAGGAGGAACUGGAGAGGCUGAAGGCGGAAGUGGAGAGUGCCAACGAGUUCCAGACCCAGAAGGACUCGCUAGCGCAGAAACUGAAGGACACCGAGUCGAGGAACCAGGUCCUGGAGGCUCAGCUGGGUGAGAUGGAGCAGCGUCUGGAGGGCAGUCAGCUGGAGAGAGAGGCCUUCCGCAAGAGCCUGCGCUCCCUCCUGGAGCUGCUGGACGGCAAGAUCUUCGAGCUGACCGAGCUCCGAGACAGCCUGGCCAAGCUCAUCGAGAGCAGCUAAGAGGCCGGGCGCUGCCCCCUGGUGGAGCGCCCCGGCCACUGCACCCUCGCCAUCGAUCCCCAACGCAGCAGUGUAGACUUGCGCUGUGAGGCAAGCGACCCCGAAAUAUUUAAAUUGACAUAAAUACCACUCACCUGCAUUCUGCAUGCGGGCACUUGACCGGGAGGAGAAAAACACUCAUAUUGCUGGUGAAUGAAUAGCUUUCAUUCUCCGAUUUUGAUGAUUUACGCUCAUGUAACGACACUGGUACUCCUGUAUAGAUAGUUUUUUGGGUUAGGCCCGUUAACGCGCACACGCUCACGUCUCUUCACGUCUCUUCAUGUUUACACGAGAGGCUACCGCUGGCCUCUGCCUUCCCCCUGCUCCCCUCACACCGCGCAGAGCGGGAGCUCUGACGACACGUCCGCUAGUCGGUCACCCCAGGUUGGACGCUUCAUUUCUGGCUUGCAUUCCUUUUGAGAAGACACCCCCCCCCCCCCCCCCUAAUCCUGAAAGAAACACUUUUUGUUUUUUAGUUUUUUAAAAGGGGGUUAACCUUCCAUCACAAAAGCCUGGACAGUAAGACGACAGCUCUGAUUUUGUGCUUUUCUUUAGUGCGUUGUUCUGUCACCCAGUGGUGGUGACGUUUGUUUAUAUUUGUUGUCCUCCAAUCAUUCAGGUUUCUUUUUUUUUGUAUUAUCAUUAUUAUUGUUAUUAUUAUAGCUCAUAUUGACAGGGAUGUCAUUGUCAGCCAAAUGAACAGUCAGACCAGAUGAGAUAAGACUUCAAGGUCACUAGGACAUCUGAACUCUCGAGGUCACGGUUCAUUAAGAAAUGCCCUUUGUGUGAACUUGGCAAACUCUGUGUCACCCUUUUCGUUUUCUUUUAUCCACUACAGUAAAUGAGCAAUACAAAGAGAGCGCGUUUAGAAGUCAAACUCUUUAUCAGUCUCACUUUCAGGUAUUUAACUCCUCUUCUCGGACGCGUGAGACUGACCACCAAUCGAGGCGCUGCAGUCGUGCUUUAGCAGCGAGUGACGGUCUUGUUCGUUUCUACACACGGUUUUGUAUGAAUACUAAUAUAACAACUUUAUAGUGCACUUGUGAAAAUGGAAUUGUAUGUUUGGGUGAUUUUUGUUUUAUUUUCCCUGUUGUUAUUGUUGCGACUUGAAGUGCAAUGAUUGAACUAUGUUUUUUCGUUUUUUUUUGUUAAUUUAUUAUCCAAGCUAUGUAUGGACUAUGAUUAUUAUGAUACGAAACAAAGAUGUUUUCUUUUCUUUGAACCUCAUGAUUUGUACUUGUUUUUUUAAUGUCUGGUAUGUGGGCGUCACGGCUGGUGUUUUCUUAGGUGUGGAAGCUGGCAAUAUUUUUGAACUAUUACACAAAGGAAAUGGAAAUUGAGACACUUGUCGCAGACGAGAUUUGCAAAUAACUUUUUUUCCUUUUGCCAAAUAUGUUUUCCUGUACAGAAUAUUAAUUUUGCUGAUGUUGCCUUUGGUACAAAGAUGCAUCAAUGGUAGCUAACUACGGUACUUUUUGUGGGGUUUACUAUUGCCAAAAAUCUGUGAUAAUGUAAGAAAAAUAUAUAUUAUAUGUAUAUCUGAAGAACACUAUUUAAGGGCUUGUUGUUGGUUCUGGUAUAUUUGGGCGACACGCAUGGCCGUUCUGGUCAGCCUCAUCAUGACGUUUAAAUUAUGAACCGUAAAAUUAGUUUGAAAGGGAAUAACCUUUGAAUGAUUUUAAAUGUUGAUUAUACCACAUGCUUAAAACACAAUUUUAAUUUUCAGUUUCUAAUAAAAACAAAAAUAAGAACGUAAUAAAAGGUAGGGUUUUAUUUUUUUGCUUAAACGUAAUAAGGAGUGAGUUAUUUUUCCAAAACGGAAGCUAGCUAGUUUUAGUUAGCUUCCGUUACCUAGCAACCUAGCAUAAUACUCGUAGCAAUGCUACUACCUGCUAGUGUUACUUGUUAGCCUCCUAAUUGUAAAUUUUGAAGCCAUACUAUAGCGUUUGUCAUAUAGUUUUUGUCUAUCGGAAAAUAGUCGGUUGGAAUGUUCAGAAUCACAUAUGUGUGACGCUACUCCUUAACGGGUUAAAUGUGGAGGGAUAGGAGCAUGGAUUAUCUGCAGCGUGGGAAACUAGUCACAUGACACUGGAAACAAUCAGCUGUGUUUAGAUGUAAUCAAUGGUUUUUCCAGUCAGUGGGCAUGCUAGGAUUCAUGCUAUGAUUCAUUGAACUUCCUGGACCCACAGUGUAAAAGUCUCGUUUUACCUAAAGGUUGAUAGAUCUGUCAUAUGCCGUAUCAAACCAAGCAUGACGGGAAUACAUUUUGAUUGUUUUAUUUUGAAAGGAAAAUAUAUCAUUGGAAUAUACAAAGCGGUUAGUAAUGUAAUGAUAGGAAAAGACAGGAAUAAAUGCAAAAAACAUCUUAAAAAGCACAUUUACAUUUGUAUUGUAUUGCUUUAAAAAUCCUUACUCCCAUUUUUCUAAAAUAUUAAGUCUUUCUCAAUA